AUGGCAGGAGACCCGUGGGUUAUCCAGCCACAUGAGCAUGCAAAAUUUGCGGAGCAUUUCCGGAAUCUAGCACCAAUCAAUGGCACACUAACAGGAGAGCAGGCAAAGAGGUUCAUGUUACAGUCUCAACUACCACCGCCUAUCUUGGGCCAGAUAUGGUCGUUGGCGGACACCAACGCUGAUGGAAAAUUGGACCUCAAGGAAUUCUCCAUUGCUUGCAAGAUAAUCAACUUGAAACUACACGGUAUUGAAGUGCCGAAAGCCCUGCCACCUUCCCUGCUCGCGUCGCUAAGCCCCACUGGUCCGAAGCAGUUCGCGCCGCCUGCGAAGCCCCCCAUCCCGCCGAUGCCUGUCACCCCCCAGCAGCCCCUCAUCAGCGGUCUACCUCCCGCCAGCCAGCCCAGCAGCCAACUCCUCGGCGACUUCUCCCAGCCGCUGAUCAACUCCACCCAGCCCCUCGUCCCGGUUGUCCCGCCGUCGAAACCCACCCCCGUCGUGCCCGACCUGAUAUCCGUCAAGCCACAAGCCCAAACGCUGGCCGGCGCGCCGCUCAUCCCCAGCCAGCCCUUGAUGGGUCAACCGCUGGCCCAGCCGCUCCAAGCUCCGUUAUUACCACCCACUCAACCCCUGAUGGGCUCAAGCCAGCCGCUGCAAGCGCCAUUGGUACCUCCUCAGCCCCUGAUGGGCUCAACCCAGCCCUUGAUACCGCCAAUGCCGACUUCUAUGGGACAGCCCCUGGUCAGCACCGCUCCUCUGAUCCCACCAGCUGCCCAGCCGGGUCCAGCCCAACCGCCGGUGGCCGCAGCACCUGUACCCCUCUCCUCGCCACCACAAGCCGUCCCCACGGGAACCACAGUGGGCUCUUUGCUCGGCAGCCCCCCCAAGGCUGUUAACACGGUUGCGGGUUCAGUUCCCGGGCAGCCGGUGACCUCGACCCCAAUAACAGCGGUCAAAGGCGACGCCCUUUCUAAACCCGGCUCGCUGGUGGGCAGCCCCACUGAAACACCGAUGGGGGUGCUGACGCCCCCACCGUCCGUCGAAUGGGGAAUCCCACAGCCUCAGAAGCUCAAGUACACGCAGCUGUUCAACGUGACGGACCGCAGCAAGAGCGGCUGGGUGUCCGGGGCGCAGGCGCGCGCGCUGAUGCUGCAGUCGCGGCUGCCGCAGCCGGCCCUGGCGCAGAUCUGGGCGCUGGCCGACCUCGACGCCGACGGCAGGCUGGGCUGCGAGGAGUUCGUGCUGGCGAUGUACCUCUGCGAGAGGGCCACCCACGGGGAGCCGGUGCCGGCCAAGCUGCCACCAGAACUGGUGCCGCCCACCUUCAGACGCGAGUCGGUGACCAGCACCAGCAGCGCCAAGAGUUACGAGGAGAGGCGGAGGGAGAACAUGGCGAGGGGCCAGGCCGAGCUGGAGAGGCGCCGCUCGCAGCUGGCCGACGCGCACAUGAAGGAGAAGGAGGAUGAGGCUGAGAGGGAACGGAAAGAGAGGGAGGAGGCGGAGAAGAGGGAGAGAUUGCGCCUGGAGGCGCAGAAGAAGGAGCAAGAAGAGUUGCUGCGGAAACAGAAGGAGGAACAGGAGAAGAGAGAGGCGGCCAGGAAGGAGAUGGAGAGGCAGUGUCAGCUGGAAUGGGAGAAGAAGAGGAGCCGCGAGCUGGAGGCGCUCCGCGCGGAGGAGCAGGCCAAGGUGCUGGCGCUGAAGGCGCGCGGCGCCACGCUGGCCGCGGCGCUCGGCGCCGCCGCCCAGAGGGCCUCCGCGCUGGCCAAGUCCAUCAGGGACACGAGGACGGGCGUGGCGGCCGCCAAGUGCACCAUCGACGGCAUGAGGUCUGACAGGGACGCCAGCAUGGCCGAGAUGCAACAGCUCAAGGCGAGGGUGAAGGAGUUGAACGCGAAGCAAAUUGCCCUGAACAAGGAGAAGGCGGAACUCGACGCGAAGGCUAAAGCCACCGAGGGCGCCGGAGAAGAUGGAAAACUCAACAUGAUGGAGGUCACCUUGAAGCAGCUUCGGGAAAAGGUGGAAGCGGCCAAGGCCCUGGUGGAGACCAAGCAAUCGGACCUCGAGGGCAACGAGAAGCAGCUCAGCGAGCUGAACGCCACCGUGGCCCAGCUGGGCGAGAAGUGCGAGAAGGUGUGGCGCAUGUACGAGGAGAAGAGGCAGGAGUUCGUCGAGAGGAGGAGCACCGCGCCCGCCGAGCAGGCCUGGACCGCUGACGCGGAAUGGGGGACCAGCGACGACGCGUGGGGCGGUGAUUCCUGGGCGGAUGCCGCCCCAGCGAACGCCGCUGAGGCGGUGGGCGGGGCUGCGGCCGGCGCGGGGGGCGGGGCUUCGGUGGCCACGCCCCGCUGGCGCUGCGUGUACGAGUUCACGGCGCGCACCGCCGACGAGCUGAGCCUGCAGCCAGGCGACUUGGUCAGCGAGGCUGGGGCGCCUCGCGCGGACGCGGAGCCCGGCUGGCGUUGGGGCACAGCGAGAGGUCAAUCCGGCUGGUUCCCGGAAUCCUACGUUGAGGACAUCAACGUGGCAGCAUCCUACAUGGAGCCGACAGAAGCCCUCGAGACCAAGACGCAACUUGAGGGCAUAGCGGAAGUACCAGAAGCCGAGAUCGCAAACGAUUUGGGCGGUGCCAUGCCCAUAGUGGAAGGUGGCGACUUCUAUAUAGCGGCGUACCCAUACGUCUCCACCGAGCCUGGUGAUCUCACCUUCGAGGCUGGCGAGAGGAUCGAGGUCCUGAGGAGGGACGGGGAUUGGUGGACCGGCAGAAUCGGAAUACGGAGCGGCAUCUUCCCAUCCAAUUACGUGACCAAAGACACCAUAUCGUCCGCCAACGAGCCGAUCUCCACCAUCCCGGAGGCGGCCGAGCCGGCGCCCGAGGCGGAGGCGGAGCCCCUGGCCCAGGCCGAAGCGCCCGCCCCCUCCGCCCCCUCAGCCCCCUCAGCCCCCUCCAUCACCUCCGAAGGCCCACUCGAGGCCGCACCGACUACGCCCCCGCUGCAGGAAGCGAAGCCCGCCACGCCCGUUUCCUCCGAGGUGGCGGCCAUCACGGAGGCGGCGGGGGCGGGGGCGGGGCAGGCGGGGGGCGCCCCCUCGGCCAGGCCGGCGUCCGCGACGCGCCGCGACUCGGGCCGGGACUCCGCCACCGGCCGCCGCAAGAACGAGAUCGCCCAGGCCAUCGCCUCCUACACCGCCACCAGCGCGGAACAGCUGUCGCUGGUGAAGGGCCAGCUCCUGGUGGUCCGGAAGAAGGCGGACAGCGGAUGGUGGGAGGGAGAGCUCCAGGCUAAGGGGAGGAGUCGCCAGCUGGGCUGGUUCCCCGCCAGCUACGUCAAGGUGCUGCAGUCUUCGGGCAGGACCUCCGGAAGGACCACGCCGGUGCUCUCCAAGAUGGACACCGUCCCGACGGAGACUGUCAUCGAUAAGGUGAUUGCUCUGUACCCGUACACGGCGCAGAACGCAGACGAGCUGAGCUUCGAGAAGGACGACAUCAUCGCCGUGACGGACCGCAGCCAGGACCCGGCCUGGUGGCAAGGCGAACUGCGCGGCAUGACUGGCCUUUUCCCGAGCAACUAUGUCACGAAACUCGUCAAU